UCCAAUCCCUAAAUCCCCAUUGCUCAAAAAAAAAAAACCCUAAAUCCCCAAACGGAAAAAAAAUUCCCCAUUCCAGUCCUGACCAUGAGCGACGAGCGCGACGGCAAGGCGAUCCACCGCCGGGGCACCACGCCGGCGGCGCUGGAGGACGUCAACCUCCUUCAGGAGAUCCUCCAACGCCUGCCCCCGCAGCCCUCCUCGCUGCCCCGCGCCGCCCAAGUCAGCAAGCUCUGGGAAGGCCUCGCCACCGACCCGGCCUUCCUCCUCCGCUUCCGCACUCGCCACCAGAAGGCCCCAGUCCUCGGCGUCUUCGAGAAGUUCGGCCAAGAUCUCGUCUUCACGCCCACCCUCGACGCCCCCGACCGCAUCUCCCCGGACCGCUUCUCCCUGAACCUCGGCUUCGACCGGCAUGAUUCCUGGGACGUCCUCUGCUGCCGCCACGGGCGCGUCCUCGUGAUCAACCGCACGGAGGCCGAGCUCCUCGUGUACGCCCCCGUCUCCGGCGAGCUCCGCAGCGUGCCCGUCCCGCCUGAUUUCACCGACGACAGCUACCUUUAUCCCCAGGCCAGCGGGGCCGUGGUCUGCGCUGCUGCCGAGGAGGGCCACGUGCACGGGGCCUGCCAUGAGAGCCCCUUCAAGGUGGUGCUGGUGAUCACCGACUACGGGGACCUCUCGCAGGCGGCCGCACGCGUCUACUCCUCGGAGACGAACAUGUGGGGAGACACCCUCUCAGCUGGACAACGAUGCCGCAAGAUGAUCAGCCGUAUGCCCUGCACCCUUGUUGGUAACGCCCUUUACUGGUGGCUACUUGACUCUACGGAUGUCAUGCUCGAGUUUGAUCUGGAAGGCCAGAACCUAGCCGUGAUCAAGAGGCCUCUCCUUGAAGGCAUUCACAGCGGUCGGGUCCGGAUCGUCAGGGCAGAGGAUGGCGGUGUUGGUCUCGCUGUGUUGUCGUACCCAACCUUCCGUCUGUGGGGCCGCAAGGUCAGCAGUAGUGGUGUUGCCACAUGGGCUCUUCAGAAGACAGUUAACAUGCAUAAGAUUGUUGGUCUGCCGUCUUGGGAGAAGACAGGGAAGGAAGUUAUAGUGGGGUACUCCGAUGAUGUGCACGCGAUUUUUAUAUCGUUGGAAUGCAAUGUGGGCACUCAUGUCUUCAUGGUUAAUCUUGAUACAAUGCAGUCCAAGGAUAUUGAUGCAGACCUUUUGGAGAAUUCCUAUCACCCAUUCACAAAUUUCUAUCCUGCCGGAGUGUGAAGUACUGCUCUAACUAUUGAGCGACCGGAGCAGCGGGGUCUAACCCUAUGUCGUCAUACAUCUCUUGAACCUUCCAAUUCCAUAUGAACUACAUAUUUCUUAUAAUUUGGAUGCAAUGAGAUGGUUGACCCAUAACAAGGGCACACCCUGGGAUUAGCUGCGAGCUUUACGUCCAUCAUCCCGGAUUGGCCUUGAGGCACAGAGUUGGGGUUGGUAGGAAUUUCGCUUCGUGUGUGUGGCUUGGUGCAAUGCGAGAAGACAUAUGCUGUUAUCGGGCCCAGAAUCUGUUGGUCAUAUCCUCAGUGUCCAAGUUGCGUAGAUGUUAGGGUUGGUGGAGAGCUACCUGCCACUGGGCCCUAGCUACUGUUGGGCCCGCAUGAUAGCCGGGUGUUCCUUGUAUCCACGGUAAGAACCGAUCAAGGAGCCUACCAAUCAAACCCUACACGCCACAGUGAGAAAUCAUGCAGCCCGUUUCCUCCCAAGACGUGUUGGGUCUGACAGCUUGCUCGAGUGGUCAUAUGUUGAUGAUUUCACAUGAUACUGAGAUAAAUUUGUCUCCUAUCCCGGUAUGCUUUGAUUCUCAUGGCCAGAGGUUCAAUUUUUUUUUCCUAGUAGUUAUUCAAAGCUACUCAAAUUCUCCUGUCAUUUUCAUUUGGAUUUGAUUCUCUUAUCAGCACUAGGUUGUAUGAGGACAAAAUGUGGGCAGGUAACUUCUAGGUGGUAUGAGUUGAAUUGGAGAGCAGGGGGCAAGUAUUGCCACAAACAUCCUAAUUUAGAUCUCAUCAGUGCUCACUGUUAUUAUGAUAUAUUUGCAGCUUCAUAAAAAUGCGUUCCACCAUGGUCAUUUGACAGAAUGUAAAGUAGGGUACGACGAUAGAAGUGGAACUUGUGAGUUAGCUCCUUUAAAAGAAAAGGUUAUUCCCUAUUUGUAUGAUAAUCCAAUCGGUAAAAACGAAAGAAUGUUCGAGCCAGUUUUAGACGUGGUCCUGGUAACAAAAUAGAAGUAAAAAACUAAGGCACAUCAUAGCUAUACAUCAAAUUCUCUGUAGUUAUCUUUUGCAUUAUCUUUUAACAUACCUUUGGUUCUUUGGCAGAUCCAUGGCGUGUGCUUCUUGAUUGGGAUUUUGUUAGGAGGUGAGAUGUUGCGCUGUUGUUUUACCGAUCAACUGGUUCACAUUUUUGCUAGAUGUAUUUUAGUCCAUGCUUGUUCUUAAAUUUUGCUUUCUAUUUGCAGCAGUUUCCUUGACCCAGUAGAUUCAUUGUGUGCAUCAAUAUGUUCCACUGGAUGGAUCAAUCUCCAGCUCAUAUUAAUAGUUUAGCUCACCAUUAUUAUCCAUGCAUUUUAGGCAAACAAUUGUGUAGAGUUAGUUGUUUGUGGUAUGUUAUUUCUCCUAUAUGGCAUGUCCAUUGUUGUUUUAUCUGUUACCUUUAUCAUCUAGAAUGCCAUUAUUGUUUCAUCGGCCCUUUAUGUGCAUUCGUUUGAUAAACUGUGGUGAUUGAGCAUCAUCUUCAUCCCUUCAUAUCUUUGGUUUUUGGUUAGGUGUAUUGCGCUAGUAGACUGAAUCAGUGGGCCAUGACAAUGUGAUCCACUCACUCUAAAGUUCCUUUCCUUCGGGAUUCUUUUGGAGAACAUUCAGAACUUAUGCAUGUAUAUUAAGGUCGAAAGAGUUCAACAGCACAGUAAGGAAGGCAUGAUUAAAAAUGAAAAGCAAGAAUUAUAAUACAGUGCGAACAAGACAACCUUAGAUGAUCCUCAUGCCCUAAAGCUCACUCUCUCUAAGGCUUUUUGUGCCAGCAGCAACCCACGAGGCCACGACCUGUAUUCCGACCUGAUAUCAUCAUGAAUGUUCUGCAGGUUGUGACGUGUCUGAUAAAAGGUUAUCCCCUUCUUUUUUCUAUCUUCUAAUCAAUAAUAGUGCUGCUGGAAUCCCCUUAUGGCUUGCUAUUUUCUGUCAAAAUAGUUGUGCCUAUUUGCCUAUUAACCUAAAGAAUAUAUAUUGUGCAUUUUUUUCUGUGUGGUGUACAUUUUUUUUGGGCAAGGUGAGAUUCAAUUGCAGCAAUAAUCAGUACAUGGUUCGAUUGGAUCUGGCCUUAUAACAGAUGGCACAGAACCAAUCAACAAUAUGAACUUUUUUUUAAGGGCAAGGUGAGAUUCAAUUGCAGCAAUAAUCACUACAUGGUUCGAUUGGAUCUGGCCUUAUAACAGAUGGCACAGAACCAAUCAACACCCCAGAACACACACCAAGCCUAGCAUGAGCAGCCAAAUCGUGCGCUAACAGGUUUGCAUUCCUUGGGUCUUCAGCAAUUUGUAGUCCGGGACGGAACGGAGCAUCUCAUGCACGUCGUCAAGCAAGGGAGCAAAGAUGGCACGCGAGGGGGCAGGUCUCGUAAGUUCGUUGAUCAAGAGGCUGCAGUCGCUCUCAAUGCAGACAGGAGCCGUGAUGAUAUGGAGAAGCGCCUGUAAGCCUUCCCUGGCCGCCAUCCUCCAUCGAGGCCAUGUCCAGAGCUCUGACAAGACCCGCCCAUGCAGAUCCCAGAAUCACACCAUUAUGGUUGCGGAGGACUGCGCCCCAGGCCCCGCAGCCCUUAUUCUGCAAGUAGCUCGCGUCCACGUUUAGUUUGAGACAGCCCCUCUACGGUCUGAUCCAAGGGCGCUCCGGGUGGGCGCACGUGGUAUACAUUUUAACCUUUAUGAACUGGAAAGUCUGAAAUCCGGAGAGGGCAGUGAAAUGGGCUCUAGAAACUUGUGAUGCAAACACACUACCGAAAAGAAGUACUAAUUGGAAGGCUGCCACUAACUAACAUACAAGCGAAAUGAAAGGGUCGAAGCUAUGAGGUAUUUUCUUCCGGGGGUAAGUUUUCAGGUUCGUAAAAAUGAACAAUCUGGCUAUUUCAUUGCAGGCUCUAGUGAAUGGUAUGCAUGGAUGAUUAUCAUACUGCAGGUAAUUGCUUAUCUUUACAUUACAGAAGUAGUCUGAGUCCACUUAUUUUUUGUACUCCCUCCGUCCCGAAAUAAGUGACUUGGAUUUUUAUAGAAUUUUAUACAAAUCGACAUCACUUAUUUCCGGACGGAGGGAGUACAUGAUUUCUGAAGUGCCUACUAAUAAUGUUAUAUUUUUCCUCUUUGCUUGGAACAAAUUUAUAGCGGUGUUGUUUUUUAUGCUGCAAUUUAACUAUAUUUGUCAUGACAUAGAGCAAACUAUUUUGACUAAUUUAUUCUAUCAAAUCAUUGCUGACUUGCUGUGAAGGUUCACAUACAUUCGAUAUAAAACCAUUAUGAAAAUUCGUAAAUUUGUUUCAGAUAAAGGGUAGACAGAGGCACCUUCGUGAUACAUCUUGCACCUUAAAGCUAAAUGCACCGUGCUCUAAGCAUUCUCGCUCUUGAUAAUGAUCCUCUUCCUCCCCAUUGCACACAUUAACCGAGUGGUUCGCCCAAAGCAUAGAGUUAGACUUCGGAUUUUGUGUGUGUGAGGCUUAUCGUUAAUGUUGAGUUUGCGAAAAAUGAUACUCCCUCCGAUCAAUAUUAAUUGUCUCAAAUUUUCUCAAAUAUGGAUGUAUCUAUGCCUAGAAAGCGUCUAGAUACAUUUAAUAUUUUGACAAUUAAUAUGGAUCGGAGGGAGUAUCUAGAUUUUAUUUUACUCAUCUCGUUCUACUUUUAUAGUUUGUAUUUGGAAUGUGGGUACUCUCUGUUGGAUAUGGCCAUCACAUCCACACGCUGAGUUUGUCUUUCCUGCCCUUCUCUCUUUCAAAUGUUAUUUUUACUUAUCAUUGCUGGACUUUCAGUCAUUGUUUCGUUGUCGUGAAGUUAAUAUUUGCUGAUAUCUUUUGUACUGCUGACUGAUGAGAUUGAUUGCUGCACAGGUAUUGGCGCUAGCGGAGAAGCGGCUCCAGCCAUCGAGCCACAGAAGCAGCAGGCUCUAAACCUUCUUAUAUUAUGGUUUAUACUCGUGAAAAGGGGCAACAUGGGGGUUAGCUGAGAGAGAAGAGAGUGCCUUGUCAUUUUGUCUCUUCAUUACAGCAAAUUUGAAGCUGGCGUACCUGAGUUAUAUGUUUUCUUUUCUUUCCUGAAAUAAAAACCGGAUUUCUGUGUGCUGAUUUGCUACUGACUGCUGCUUGUAAGAGAUUGCAUCUUGGUUCCUGUGCUGUCCAUAUGAUUAGAUGAAGUUGAAUCAUGGUUGUUUGGAGCUCUGAA